CACCCGUCAUCAUCAUUCCAGCUUGAGGACCAGAACCCAGAUCUCCAAUCGUGUCGAUGCAGCCAUUUGAAGUACGAGAGUGAUCAUCAGUGUCGUCGUGGCUUGAUGGAGAUGUGAUGCGGAUUGAUCACAUGGAGUGAUCGGUACCAAGUUCAAAAUCCUUUCCCCGUGCUCAGACGCACGGCUCUUGCAUUCUUCGCUGUCUUUGCAGUUGUGUGGAUUCUUAGUGUGGGUGGUGUGUGUUGAUGUGAUUCGUGAAUAUGGGGUCACCCACCUCGUCACUUCAGAUCAGGUUAGAUAUCGGAGGAGUUAAGUUUACAACCACGGCGAGCACCCUCGCUAGGAGAAACGCGAAUUCAGUACUAGCUGCCGUAGCUAAUGAUUGCCUCCAGAAAAGCCAAACCCCGGGGUAUGAGUGUGAGACCGUGGUUUUUGAUCGAGAUGGGACGCACUUCAAGCACAUCCUGAUUUGGCUUCGUGACGGGGUCGUCACCCGCGGGCUGAAGACGUCCGUGUACCUCGAGAUUCUUCGAGAAGCAGAGUAUUACACGUUGCCGGGUUUGAGGAAGUCUGUCAAGCGGAUUCUGGGUACGUACGACGAUAAGGUCCCGGAGGACGUCAAAAGUGCUGCUCAGACUCCGGAUUUGAGACGAUUGGAUGUUAUACGAUUUACUCAUUGUGGACUGAAGUUGCGAGGAGUGAAUCUGUCGGGGCUUGACCUGUCCAAUCUGGAUUUAAGUGGUGGAGAAUUUCAAUAUGCUCGACUGUACAAUACCAACUUCGAGAAUUGUGACCUCCGUGAUGCGAACCUUGAAUAUUGUGACGCUGGUGGGGCUAACUUCAGGAAUGCAAAUCUUCGGUUUUGCAACUGCACUGGUGCGAAGAUGGUUGGAGCGGUACUCGAUGGUGCGGAUAUGUUCCUCGCCAAAUUCUAUUCAGCACGCCUCAAGAAUGCAAGUCUUCGCAAGACGAUUGCGGUUCGCGCGGAGUUCAACGACGCCAACCUUUCAAGGUCAAAUCUGUCGGGAGCAUACAUGUCGGGAGCGUGCUUGAAAAAUGCAAACCUCACGGAUGCAAACUUAUCAGAUGUGGAGUUCAGCUUCAGCAAACACUGGAAAGCUGGAAGAGCUGAUUUCCAAUAUGCAACUCUCACCGGAGCUAACUUCCAUCAUGCAAAGCUGGAGGCAUAUUUCCUGAGGAAUGCUCGGGACUACGAGAACACCAUUAAUUUGGACGAAAGCAUCCGGAACAAAUUGGAACCACGUUUGCCUUGGAUGUUGGGAAGAAACUGGUUCAAGGUGCCUGCUUCUAAGUGAAUGACAUUACUAUCACUACCAUUCUUCUACCACUGCUGGAGUCUGAAGACAAAAGGCACCCAUGCAAAGCAAUCAGUCCUAACAUCCUGUAUGAUUCCUCCACUACUGUUGGCAGUGAUUGUGUACAGUUGGAGUGUCGGUGAAAUGCCGUUCAAGCGGACUUUCCUUCGUUACAACUUUGAUUGUUAAUUGAACUGCUGGAAUCAGCAAACUUUUCUA